AUGACUACCCCCGAAGUGUCUCACGGCCGUGGUGGCGCGGGCAACAUUAACCCCGAUGACACCAAAUAUGUCGAUGGUGAGAUCGUACGACAGGGUCCCGAAGGCAGUCACGGCGAUGGUGCCUUCAGCACCGGACGAGGAGGAGCAGCUAACAUUGCCGACGCCGACAAGCCUCCCGCGGCAAUACGCGCUGACCAGGAAGUGGUCCCCGAAGAAGCCACACGGCCAUCAAUUGACCGCGAGAGCUUCCACGUUGGCCGUGGCGGCGCCGCCAACGUUCACCUGUCGGCUGAGGACGAGCAGCGCAAACAGCAGCAGCACGCAGCCAGUAAGGUCGUCGACAGCCCUGUCACUCCCGGCACUACCCCCAGCCACCAGGGCCUCGCGGACAAGCUCAAGCACAAGAUUUUCGGCAUCUUCAAGAAAUAG